AUACUGCUUGUGACCUCGAUCCAGAAAGGCCAUUGAUGGCUAGAAAUUAUCACCUAUAAAAGCUCUUUUAAUCAGUAAAGAGUAAUAUUCUUUCCGUAUAAGUUAUUUAAAAAUCUCCUUCGAUCUUAUUCCUUUGAAAGAGAAAGUUUUUAAGAGCUGAUCGUUAGCUGGUAGGUAAAUAAAUUAAUAAAUUUAACGAUUAAUAGGAACAAAAGCUUCCUUAGCGCAAGUUCGUUUCAAUAUAUGCGUAUUCGAUUGAUAAAAUACCUGUGAAAGGAUUAAAUCAUUAAUUUUUUUACUAUGAGCACCUUUUAUUUAUUCUAUAGAUAAUUGAACAAAGGAUGUCGAUCAUAUCGAAAGUGAUUAACUAUGAUGUUUUGCCCACGAAAGUGGCUGAUUUUCUAAGAGAUACGCCUAAUUGGAAAUUGGUUGCUGGUGGAGGAUUGGUACUUUUAGGGGGUUAUUACGCGUUUUUUAAAGAUAAUAGUGGACUUCCGGGACCGAGAGGCUAUCCAAUUGUUGGAAUACUACCAUUGCUUGACAAGAAAGCGCCGCAUUUAAGUAUCUAUGCGAUGUCCGAAAAGUAUGGAGAUGUAUGCUCUCUAUCAUUUCUGAGUGAUGAUUUUGUUUUGGUGUCUGGUGAGAAAAAUAUCUACGACAUUUACAUUAACAAGCAAGAUGAUUUCUCUAAUAGACUUCGUAAUGUGAGAAUCGCAACAGUGUUGGACGGUUUGAUGGAUAUCACUUCUAUGAAUGAUUGUGAAAAGUUUAGAGAUGUUAAGAAACUGACAAUGAGAUCUUUAAAGACAUAUGGCGAAGGCAUGGAGAGGGUAGAAGAUAUCUCCACCGAAGUUAUCGGUGAUUUUAUUAAUUUUAUUGCAGAAACAAAAGGCAAACCCCUCGAUAUAAGUAAAAAACUUAAAGAUGUCUUUGGUGACAUUAUCACAUCAAUGGUUCUUAAUAAAAGAGUUAGCAACACAAUAACACAAAAGUUUGUUCACAACUACGAUAGAAUUUUGACUUAUACAAUAAACCCAUUCACGGCUAUUAUAGAGUUUUUUCCUUGGCUAAAAUAUUUUGGUAAUCAUACUUAUAAAACUUUAAGAAAUUUCGUAAAGCUUCGAAAUAAAUUAAUAAAUCCUCUUGUUGAAAGUGCUUUUAAAGAGUACGAUCCUGAUGAUAUUAAAACGGCUUUCCAACAGAUAGUGUUUCUAAUGAACCAAUCAAAAUUUGAUUACAAUUUGAGGGAUAUGACAGCGGUUGUUAUUGUUCUAAUAGUGGCAGGCUUUGUAACGACUUCAUCAACUUUGUACGGACUCUUCCCUAUUCUUAUGGCCCAUAGACAUGUUGAGGAGAAAAUUCUUCAAGAAAUUUCUGAAGUUAUUGGUUUUGAUAGGUCUCCUAAAUUAUCAGAUAAAGCGAAUAUGCCCUACACCGAAGCUACGAUCUUGGAAGCUCAUCGUAUCCUCUCCAUAUUACCUUUUAGCCUUCCACAUCAGGCUACACGAAACACAACUCUUGGAGGAUAUAACAUAAAGAAAGGAACCACAAUAUGGCCAAAUAUCUGGGGUCUUCAUCACGACAAAGAGAUUUGGGGUGACCCAUACAACUUCCGACCUGAGAGAUUUCUGGACAAGGAUGGAAAAGUCCUUUCUGUAGAACAUAGACUAAGAAAGUGUCUUCUCCCAUUUGGAGCUGGACGACGAGUAUGCCUUGGUAAAAAUAUGGCUAACAACCGAUUAUUCCUUUUCCUUACAACAGUCUUACAAAGAUUUAAAUUUCAACCGGAAGAGGGAAAAACUGUUUUAUGGGAUCCAAAGGAAAUGGAGUAUAGUGUGGUACUUUGUCAAAAACCCUAUAAAAUGAGCUUUUUACCAAGGCAAUCCUAA